AUGCCCCGUCAUACUUCAACAAAGCAUGAUUCUACUAGUUCUCAGAUCUAUUCUACUCAAUACUCUUCUGUACAGUAUCUAUCUGAUUCUAGUCAGUCUGCAGGUCAUUCGCCGCAGUCACCCACAGCACCUUCCCUUUCUCAGUCCUCCCCAUCUUCUGGGACGGCUAAUGGAAAGAAAAAGCACGUCUGUUCGACGUGCGACCGUGGCUUCACUACCAGUGGCCACCUUGCACGGCACCUCCGCGUUCACACAGGUGAACGCAAUCACAAGUGUCCUUUUCCUGGAUGCGAAACACGUUGUUCUAGGCAAGACAACUUACAGCAACAGUGA